CAACCGAGACACCCGGGGCUCACAGCAGCCUCUCCACGUUUCCAAGUAAAUGCCAACAGGCCACUACUUGAUUUUCUACUCCGCUGUCAUUGGCGAGAUGCAGUGCCUGUCAUGCUGGGCCACAGGCAUGGACUUUCCCUGCAGUAUCCACCAUCAGAAGCUCGCUCUCGUCCUGCUUCCCCCAUUGGAGUUCCAUGUUGCCAUUCUCUACCCGCCUGCAAUCAACACUGAACGCCCCUUCUUUUCUCGGCUUUGCUUAGCGACGGCAUUGGCUGUCAGGAACAGGAACGACCACCACGGCCGAAGAGAAGUGUCGGCCAAGAGACCGAACAGGAUUUCUGACUUUUAUGUAUAAUUUGAGUUUUUAAUUAACAUAUACAUUGUCUUAUGUAUUAGAAAGACCAUUCAGAAUGACAUUGAAAAGCGCCCGCGUACGUUUUUGUGUUUCGUUCGACACCGUGGAGCUCAAGGGGGAUAUGUGCCUGACUUAUCUUGAUAGCCAUUUUUUGCAGACAAAGAGAACUGUUGAGUAGUGUUUAUAAAAGACAAAAGGGUCUUGGUCUCCUAUCCAUGGAGAAAGUGGGCAAGAUGUGGAGCAACCUGAGGAUCCGAUGCCAGACCCUCUUCCACAGCGACGGUGCGGGACCCAGUACAGAGAACAGCGUGGUGGAGGUGGACUGUAUGCACUGUGUGGUGGACCUGGGACGGGGAGACAAUUCAGGCGAGGCCCAGGCUUCUCGGGCCUCUAGCCUGUCCCGAAGCCUCUUGCCGCUCCCCAUGGUUACUGGAGGACGACGUCACAACUGUGUGUCGGAAAUCCCCCAGAUAGUGGAGAUCACCAUAGACAGCAAAGACAGUGAGGAUGCGAGGGGGGGUCGUGGAGGAGUCCCUGUGGCACGGAGAGACUCGUACUCACGCCAUGCACCUUGGGGGGGCAAGAAAAAACACUCAUGUUCCACAAAGACUCAGAGCUCCAUGGAUACAGACAGGCGGUCAGGGCGCGCGCGCGGGGCCGCUGGCCGGAGGGAGCGUCGUUACGGGGUCAGCUCUAUCCAGGAAAUGGGGGACUCUGGGGGCGGGGGUUGCAGUCUGAGCGCCCGUUCCCUGCGCCAGCGGCUUAGCGAUACAAUGGGCCUGUGUCUCCCCCUGCCCCGCCGCCGCUCGCGCUCUUCCAAGACCCCCACCAUCUCGAAGCGCAAGAUCCACCUAACAGAGCUGAUGCUGGAGACCUGUCCCUUCCCCCAGGGCUCGGACUUGGCCAACAAGUGGCACCUGAUCAAGCAGCACACAGCGCCCGUCAGCCCGCAUUCCUCCACGGCUCUGCUUGACGCCUUCGACACCGCCCACCCCUCCCCCGAGGACGAGGAGGAGCGUCUGCGCGAACGCCGCAGGCUCAGCAUUGAAGAGGGAGUCGACCCCCCACCCAACGCCCAGAUCCACACCCUUGAGGCCUUGGCGCAGGGCUCCUCUCUAUACAAACUGGGACCAAAGAUGGCCCCCGGCAUUGCAGAGGCCUCUGGGGAGGCCCGGGGCGCCGCGGCCUGCUGCUCAGGAGGGGGGGUAUCGGUGCAGGUGCUCGGGGGGGCUACAGCCCAGUUGGCUGACUGUGACUCGGAGGAGGACUCAACUACACUAUGCCUGCAGGCCCUGAGGCCCAAGCAGCGGCACGCGUCCGGGGAUGGCAAUCUGAGCCGGAACCAGCCUGGGCCAUGGAAGGUGCACACCCAGAUCGACUAUAUCCAUUGCCUGGUACCGGACCUGCUGCAGAUCACUGCACUGCCCUGCUACUGGGGCGUGAUGGACCGCUAUGAGGCGGAGGCGCUGCUGGAUGGACGGCCCGAGGGCACCUUCCUGCUGCGCGACUCGGCCCAGGAGGACUACCUGUUCUCGGUCAGCUUUCGCCGCUACAACCGCUCGCUGCAUGCCCGCAUCGAGCAGUGGAACCACAACUUCAGCUUCGACGCCCACGACCCCUGCGUGUUCCACUCAUCCACCGUCACAGGCCUACUGGAGCACUACAAGGACCCCAGCGCCUGCAUGUUCUUUGAGCCGCUGCUCACGGCGCCACUCCACCGGGCCUUCCCUUUCGGCUUGCAGCACCUGGCACGCGCCGCCAUCUGCCCCCGGACCACGUACGACGGCAUCGGCGGCCUGCCACUGCCCCCGGCCCUGCAGGACUUCCUCAAGGAGUAUCACUACAAACAGAAAGUGCGUGUGCGCUGGCUGGAGAGGGAGCCGCCACUCAAGAUCAAAUAGUGGCGGGGCUCUGGCUGCCUGUGCAUGCAGCCGCGGGCUUAGUCAAAACAGGAAAAACUCCCAUCCAAUCAGGAGAGGUAAUACUGAACAUGGCACUUUUCAGUCAAGCGGGGAGGGGUAACUGGAGGGGAGGAGUUGGGUAAAGUGAUCGAUCCAAGAUUCAUUCUAAUCUCUUUGUUUUACUUAUUACUACUUACAUCACAUGGAAUACAUAUCUAUUAUAUUCAGUAUAAUGCUGUCUGGCAAGCACAUUUUUACUAUUGAACAGAUUCUGAAAGGGAGAGCACAAGCCUUCAUGCUUGGUCUCCCUCUCUCCUCUUUCAUUCUGUCAAGUGUCUGCCUGAUCCCACAGCAUGAGCUGCCUGCAUGGCCCCCCUCCCCCAGUCUCUAUCUAGGCCCACAUGGUUAGCUAGCUAUGUUGUACAGUCACUCAUACUUUCUAUCCUUCCUUUUUUUUCCUGUUGCUUGAUCAAGCAACUAGAAGAAUGCCUGGCGGGCAUCGUGAGGCUUGAGGUGUGGAGUUGACAGUGGCUUUACUGGAGAGAGAGGGGGGUGGGUGG